GAAGGCGGAUUUCUCUCUUGUGUCCCUCCUUCGUCUUCGGCGGUGAUGCUAACCUCGGAGCCGCCUGCCUGGGAUGGAUUUAGAAGAAGCUUUCCAAAUUGUCGGCGAGUUUGGACCGUACCAGAAGCGAGCGGUGGCUGUUUUGGUUCUGACCCAGUUGUAUAUGGCCUGUCAGUCCAUGCUCAUCGUUCUGGUUGGAUCGACUCCAGAAUACCAGAUAGAGCAGCAGGACAUCGUCCCGUCCAACCAGCAGCCAGCAGUCACCUUCACAGAGGACAUCGACUCCAUAGUGACCGAGUGGUUUCUGGUCAAGCAGCAGGCCUAUAAGGUCAGUCUCGCUGGAUCGCUCUUCUUCGCCGGGCUUCUGGUCGGGAACGUUGUUUUUGGGCCGCUCUCUGACAAAAUCGGAAGAAGACCCGUUUACCUGACAGGUCUGUUUUUCGAGGUGAUCUUCGGCUAUGUGACUGCCUUGGCACCCAGCUACGAGGUCUUUGCCGUGUCUCGCCUGCUGGUCGGGCUGAUGAACGGCGGCAUCGGCCUCGUCUGCUUCGUUCUCACUCAGGAGUACGUGGGCAAAUCCUACUGGGCCAUGACCGGCACGUUGACCAGCAUGACAUUUGCGGUUGGCAUCGCCCUGUUUGGAGCUCUGGGCUACUUCAUCCGGCCGUGGAGGAACCUGGCCACAGCGGCCAACUCAUCCGGCGUCCUGUUCUUCCUGCUGUCUGUAACUCUUCCAGAGUCUCCACGUUGGCUGUAUUCUCAGGGCCAGCCUGAACAGGCCGAAGAGGUUCUGCGCUACAUGGCGCUGAGGAACGGCAACGCUGCCAAACACCUGACGCUGCAACGUGUUGGUGCCGCAAAAUCUGGUAACCAUAGCAACAGGGGCACCAGUGUCUUGCAGCUGGUGAUCCAUCCAGUCCUCCGUCUGAGGACCAUGGUGCUCAUGUAUGUCUGGUACGCCUGCAGUCUGGUUUACUACGGUUUGACUCUGGGGGCCAGCGAGACGUCUGGUAGUCGAUACCUUAACGUGGCCAUGUACGGCCUGGUGGAGCUGCCAGCCUACCCGCUCUGCAUCUACUUCAUCAACAAACACUGGGCUGGGAGGAGGAAAAGCAUGGCCAGUUUUCUGUGUCUGGCUGGUUCGGCCUGCCUCCUCACCAUGUUCAUCCCUGAAAACACCGGGACUUUGCUGAGCGUUACAUCUUUAGCACUUCUGGGAAAACUGAUGGUCAGUGCAGCGUUCAACAUCGCCUACGUUUACACAUCUGAGCUCUACCCGACGGUUAUCAGAAACGCUGGUUUGGGAGUGUGUUCCAUGUCAUGCAGAGUUGGAGGAAUCCUUGCACCAUUUGUUCCCUCCAUGCGGGCCCUCCACAGCUCCAUGCCCUUCACCGUGUUCUGUCUGAGCGGUCUGUCUGCCGGCUGUCUGGGCCUCCUGCUGCCUGAAACCCUCAACAGACCUGCAGCCGAAACUCUAGAGGAGCUGAGCAGCCCGACGCACGGCAGAGUGCUGGAGAGCAAGCCUCUCUUGUAUGAAGAUGACAAAUGGAAGUCAAACCAUGAAUGAAGCUGGCGGCAUCGUCUUCGUCACCGGAGCUCGUUCCUCGUGGAGCCGCUGCUUUAAAACGGUGAAUCGUCUCUGUGAUUGACUCGAGGACGGGUUCACUGGACGCUUCAAACGGGGCGGAUGCUGCCCGGCGCUCUGCCUGCAGCCUGAAGGCACCGCCGACCGACUGGAAGGUUUUCAUUUCACAGAGAAGCCACACGGUCCAUCUUCUGCCUUUGUUCCAUUUCAUGACAUUAGUGCCUUAUCUGGAGGUGGACAGCUGGAGGAGACCGGAGACGUGUUUUACUUCACAUUCCAGAGACGCUCGAACGUUUGUAGGAACGACUUCUUUUCUUUAAAGCUCGACUUUCCCAGCAGCUAAACAGGCCAGAGUUCCAGCUCACAUUCCCCUACAUCACGCAUCCUUUAAAGACAUUCCUCCAGUUACGGUUUUAGGACCGCCUGAAUGUUUGAUGACAUAAAAUGAAGCUUUUACUGAAGCUGCUCACAACAAACACAAAUCUGACUGUAAUAACUGGUUAUAACGCCAAACGGAUCGCUAGAACGUGUUUUGGUUGUAUUUUUUUUGUUUCUGAGCCUGUUAAAGGUUUAUGUUCACAGAUAUUAAUGCUGCUGAUCCAUCAGAGCACCACCACACAUCGUCCAGCUUCAUUUCAUCCGUUACUUUUCCUGUUAUUCCAUAUUUUUGCAGCACAAACAGACGAUCAGAUCACUAACCUGCUGACUUGAACCCUCUAAACCUAAAGCAGUUUUUUUUGUAGCUCUUCUACAUUUUUCUUCACUUUGGGCUCAUUUUUCUCUGCAGUUUAAAGUCCAGCACCUGUACAGAAACAGAACAACCGUGGCCAGAAUUAGAACUCAGAAAUAAGUAGGACGCAGCUUUAAUCUUAUAAAUGUUAAAACUGGAGAAAACAAAGGGUUAAUUCCUGAUUGCUUAUUUUACAAAAAUACAUGGAAUUAACACGUCUGACAUUUUUUCCAAGCGCCCACAGUGACACCCUCCAUUUUUCUCGAUUUUCAGUUUUUCUUUUUCAGACGGUUCAUUUCCAGCACUUUUUAAAUGUAAGUCAUAUAGAUUUAAAAGAUUUUGAUUAAAUGUUACAAUUUCCAGUUCAUGUUUGGUAAAUACGCAUCACAAAUGAGUAGUAAACCCUAUUUUUAAGUUUCCAACGCAUAAUCGAUGCUUUUUAAAGGCCUUUCAAAGCUGCUGUAGGGUUUCUGGGUUCAGAGGGUUAGACUGUAGGUUUUCAGAUGUUUCAGGGAAACCAAAACUUUUAUUAUUACCUUUCUGAAUGUUUCAGGUGAUUAAACUCGAGGAGUUUCACAUGCAGCUGUGGGAUGUUUAUUUUCUAUGUGGUCACAGGUUUUUGUGCGUUCCACAGCUGCUGCAUCUGGAUGUAAACUUCUGUAUUCAUACACUGAUAUCUGAGAAAGAGGUGUACUUUCUGUACUGCUGGGGGAGAGGUGCUGUGUAGUUGUUAAAAUAAACUGUCUGUGGGUGUCAUUGUCGGUACAAUCAGACGAGUAAUGAAAAGAUCCUCUCAGUUUAAACCACCAUGACGUCACACUGACAGAUAGAUUUAUAAUCAAUCAAACCUUUGCAGAUUUUCAAUCAAACAUCCCAGAAUAAUUUAUUGUAAGUUUAAAAACACUCAAGAAGCAUUCUGCCUACUGUGCCUUCUUAUGUUGUCUUUAACUGUGACAAACUUGUAAAAUAUCACAAAGAGAGCUGCCGGUAUGUAUGAAUGGAGAUGUAAUUCCAGGUGUUGAAUGUUUUAUGGACUCUUAUUUUGUACUAUUCACCGUCCAGCUGUUGUAGAUAAACCGUAUGUACGGCGAUAUUUGUGGAAAAAUCUAUUUAUGUCAAAAACAGUAAACGCCUGAAAACUC